AUGGCCAUAAUCUGGCUCAUGGUGGCCCAGUUUUCUGUGGCAACUAGCCAGCAGACCUAUAGCGAGAUGUCCACUAUCGACUUGUUCGGAAAUCGGAACCCAAUCUUCAACUACAUGCCAAAUCCUGGCCAUGUUGAUCCGUCACUUCUGGAUCAACGUGAGAAAUACACGGAUCUGCGAGAGGAAGAAGGUUGGUGGCACUUAUUUCCAUAUGGUCCCCUCUACAACGAUGCGAACCUUCUGAAUAAGCCGCAUCAUGAUCGUCAGAUCGAUUUUGACUUCGAUUUUCCUUUCUAUGGAUUCCGAUUCAAUUACACAAUGAUCUAUCCAAACGGUCUUUUGGCAUUCUCUGAUCCGGAGUUCAUCCAGCCACCAUAUACGUUCCCGAAUCCUCGAUGGCCAGAGCAGAAGGUUCGUGUAACUUUCAGUUGUAGUGCGAGCUCUGUCCUGAACAUAGCGCGGUGUAGUUUGGGGAAUCCUCAAGAAGAGCGUUCGAUUUAG